GGGGUAUCUAUCAAAAGAAUUAUCUAUAUUAAAGACAAUGAUGGUCGACUCUAUGUAUAGUAAAUUGGCAUUAAUCUUUUUGGGACUACUGCUGGCGGCAGUGCACGGUAUGACCGAGACGCAUCGAGUGGAAGAACAUUUGAAGCGCUAUGGUGGAGACUGGCCUCCGGAGUACAUUCCCAACACUCCUGGCUGGAAGAGACAAAUGGAUAAGCGAUUCAAGCAAGUACUGGAAAUGGACAACCGUCACAAGAAAUACGAUGGUUGGAUGCAGACGGUCAACAUGGCCUUUUUGGCACCCAAUUUUACCGAAUAUGGAAUGGGGUUGGUGCGGGCACCCGAGGAUUUGACCCUAACGUUGCAGCACGAGAUUCGAACGGCCAUUAAAGAUGGCAAGACGCGGAAAGAACAUUCCAUUGAUGCCAUUGGAGGUCCCAAUGGAUGUGAUUUUGUCGAUCGGCCGGAUCUAACACAACGAGUCGUCACAGAGCUUCAGCCGUACACAGAGGCGUGGGUGGGUAUGCCGUUGCACCCAGUGCUUGCCUAUGGAUUCCGGCUGUAUCUUAACGAAAGUGAUCUAAACAUGCAUGUAGACAAAGCUCAAACCCACAUUAUAUCCAUGAUCUAUCACAUUGACCGAUCAGAGGAUUCACAGCCGUGGCCGGUUCUUAUCGAGGACUUUAAGGGCAAUACCCACGAGAUUGAGCUGCAACCUGGAGACAUUCUCUUUUACGAGAGCUCCAAAUGCCUACAUGGACGGCCGUCAAAAUACUACGGAAGCUGGUAUACAUCCGUAUUUGUUCAUUAUUAUCCCACCAAUGGAUGGAUGGAUACCGACCACAACAUGGAGUGUCAUUAUGCCAUCCCCCCUUGGUGGGACACGGAGGUCCCUCCCCAGGACAAGACGCAAGAACCGCUGGAUAUCCUAGGAACCAGUUUCAAGGAACACAACUGUCCCAAUGAAUGGCAUCGAACCAGGCCCUCAGACGCAUGCCCAAAGGAAAACGACGCUGGCUAA